UAUGUGACCUGCAGGACCAAGUAAUUAUACCGAUUUCUUGUGCUACUGUACGUUUUAAUCUUUUUUUUUGAUACUUCGACAUCAGUAUAGAAAGUGAAGUGCUACCUUCUCUGUAACUCAUUUCUAAUUUCCCUUUUCAGGUUGUUUGCUUGAUUCUAUUUCCAUCUUUGAAAUCAGUUUUCACCUGGCAGUGACAGACCUUGCGUUCGGAACUGUGACUCUUCCAAAAAUCAUUUUUCUGUCUGCAUAUGAGUAUGAAAUUCAGGAAUAUGACAAAUAUUAAAGACUUUAUUAUCACUGGAUUCCCUGGACUUGUACCUGAGUAUUAUGGGCUGGUGUCUCUUCUACUUUUUGUUGUUUUCCUUGUUAUUUUGAUUGGAAAUAUUUUCAUUUUAGCUGUCAUCAUGUUUGAGCGGAAUCUUCAUAAACCAACAUACUGGAUCUUUUUUCACCUGGCAGUGACAGACCUUGCGUUCGGAACUGUGACUCUUCCAAAAAUCAUUGCCAGAUACUGGUGGAAUGACAUGGUGUCUUCAUUUAGUGCCUGCUUCACACAGAUGUAUUUUGUCCAUGCUUUGGGAGCUGUUCAUUCUUUGAUUUUGCUGAUGAUGGCAUUGGAUCGCUUUGUUGCCAUAUGGUUUCCCUUCAGAUAUCCUCUUCUAUUCACAAACCAAAAUGUUUCUAUUGCUUGUUGCCUUUGCUGGGUUUUAACUUUCAUACGUAUGAUGGGGAUUGUGCUUCAUGCCUCAACGUUGCCUUACUGUGACCUUAAUAUCAUCAUGCAGUGUUACUGUGAUCAUAUAUCGAUAACUCGGCUGGGAUGUGGUGACAAGGUUGCAUAUGUUAAGUCUGUUGCAGUCGGAAAUGCAAUGGUCACACUGUUAGUUCCUUUAACAGUCAUCAUUCUUUCUUAUUUUUUCAUUAUUUUAGCUGUUUUGAGAAUGCCUCACACUGAGAGACGCCACAGAGUCUUGUCCACGUGUGCUCCUCAGCUCUUUAUCACCUGCCUUUACUAUGUGCCAAGAUGCUUUGUUUACCUCGCUAACAAUUUGGGAUUCAGUUUUAGUCCUGUUGCUCGUAUUAUUAUCACAAUGACGUACAGCCUCGUACCUGCUGCCGUUAAUCCAGCGAUUUACUGUUUCAAGACUAAGGACAUUAAAGAGGCUUUGAUGCAGAGAUUUAAAAACAGAAAAAUAAGCAUUGCAAUUAAAAAUGACUGUAGGCAAACUGUCAAGUAGAAUAGUUUACUUCACUAGCAGUCAGAAAACACAUGGAGCUUUUUUUAUACCAACAAACAAUAAAUAAAACAUAAAUGUUUAAAUGACAAGCUCAAAGCAAAAUGUGAUUUUAUCAUUGUCAUUUUUUAGUUUUAAAUUCAUUUUCAGUUUCCACCAGUUGUCUUUUUCAUUCAGUCAUAUUAUUAUUUUCAAAAUGUUUUCUUUAGGUCUACAUUUUUAUUUAAUCAAGCUUUCUGCACGUAACAUACAGAAUUAUGCUGUGCUGAGUAAAAUUCUGAACUUGAAGAUGAAAUUAACUAAUUUUCUGAUGUAAAUCUCGUUUCUGUCUAUAGUUCUUGAAAUCUAAAACUGGGUUGUUAUAUAUGUAAAUGCAAAAUGAACCCCCUACAGACAGAAUAAUUGUGUACAGUUCAUUAAAUGUCUCUCCUUGUAUUUGAAAGUGUGCCUGUGGCAAAUUUUCAACACUGUUACGUUUUAUAUUGUAAUCUUAAUCUGACGUCUGGCAUGGUAGACAUUGGGCAAUGUAGUGUUUACUUUGUCAUGUACUGGAAAAAAAUACUAAGAGUAAAACCUUCGACACACUGAACGGAACACCUUUGAAUGCAAAAUUUAAAUUGACCACUUGGUGGAGCCAAACCAUCAGGGUAGGUCUGAUGAAAUGAAGACUGUUAAUACAAUACUGCUUUAGACUUUUCAUUUUAAAAUGAAGAAAAGAUGAACAUACAUGUGUUUGUAGAAGAGUUUGAUCAGAAUGAUUCCAAAAUUGAUUAUACUUUAUCGAUUAUAAUAUUCUUUAUUAACAUAGAACACAGGCUGCACAGUGGCUCAGUGGUUAACACUGUUGUCAUGCAGCUAGAAGAUCCCUCUGGCUUCCUCCCACAGUCCAAAAACAUGCUGAGGUUGAUCGGUAAUUCUAAAUUGUCUGUAGAUGUGAAUGGGAGUGUGCUUGUUUGUCUCUAUGUGUGGCCCUUCGAUCAACUGGCAACCUGUCAUAUUCAUAGAACAUGGCAUCAGACUUCACUUUCAUCCCAUAAUAAUUCUGAGAAACUUUUAAAGUACAUUUUCCCUGCAAAAAUCACUUCCCUGUGUUUGAUGGAGUAUAAAUAUCAAAGGUAUGUGCAGGAGAGUCUUUCUUGUUUUGGUUUUUAAUAUUCUGAAUUUCCGGCCACAUGUAAGUCUCCAUUUAUACUGCACAUGGACACGCUACCCUUCAACAUUUUCACUUCUGCAAAAAAAUAAAAAAUAAAAAAUGCA